UCCCGCCGCCUUCGAUGACCUUCGCCGGGGCUUCACGCCGCCGGCGAGCAUCUGGUUCCCAUCCCCCUCUCCCUCUCAUAGCCAUCGUCCUCCUGCUAGUCUCUCCACCUCCUCCCCGCACUUACGCGCUCCGCGUCCCACUGCGCGAGGUCGCCUCCCUCCUCUCCCUCUCCCACUCCCUCCUCACCCGCAUCGCGGUCGCCCGCGCCGACCGGUGGGACGCCGCAGCCGCUGCCCGUGCUCACCGAAUCGCCUCACACCUAUCCAUUCUCUCCUCCCGCGGUGCGUGGGCACUCGGCUGGGACUACCUCCGCCACUAUGCUUUCUCCUCCGUCACCGGAUGCGGCUUCUCCUGCGCCACUGCCGCCGCCCGCCUCCUCGCCGCUGCGGCGGAGGCCUCGCGCCUAAAGUCACCCGUCGAUGCGGCCCAGUGGCUGCGCCGUAAUUACGGUGACCUCCAAGCCGCCGCUACGCAGCUCCUAAACGGCCUCCUCUCUGCCUUCUCCGAGCAGGGGCCGCUAAGGGAGGUGGUGUUGGAUGUGAAGUGGGAGGUGGAGGAAGGGGGGUUGCUGAAGGAUUGCCUUCAGGUGGGAGCCAAAGACUUGGAGGGCUUGCUUAUCAUUGCCAAAGAUCUCUUUGGUGCUUCAAGGGCUUCUUCACGCCACACUGAACUCUGAGGUGAGUCCUGACCAAGAAACUACAGCCGCUCCAUUCUUUCCUCCACCGAUGCAGAAUGCUUCAGAUCCAACAGUUCACCUACACAAUUAAAGCUGCUCCAGUUUGGUGACUCUGCAUACAACGCAUCAUGUUAAGCUAUCUUAUCUCUUCGGGAAAAAGGUUAAGCUACCUUAUCUUGUCAAGUAGUUCCUGAGCAAAAAGAUUAACCCUGCUGUUUAAUGACAUUGCAGCUUUAACUGUGAUUGUAAUAGAAUUGUGUGCCUUGUGUC